UAAAGACCAAACUUGGCAAGACGUAUUUCCCGUGUUAUAUCCAAGUUUCUAAGAACCUGUGUUGGGACCAUCAAACUCCGAAAACAAUUGAAGGAGAAGUUUCUUUGAACUUUUUCAGUUGACAUUUCUAUGAAAUUGUCUAGUUGACUUGAGCUGCAUCAUAACUUAAAAGACCUCCAUAGGUUUCUGAGGAAGUAAACAACUUCAACUCCAAAGUGAAGAACAUAAUAAAUGCAAUAAAGUUCUACUUUAAAUUCUUAAACCAUAUAUAGAUUUUGACAUGGAGAACAUCCCAAAACUACAACUGGAACGUACACUUUCAAUUCCAACAUGCUUUCCACAGAGAAACACAGUACCAAGCACUACAGCAACAUCAGAAGGGGUUUAUUUGAGAAACAACAGUAUCAAUACAAGCAGCUCUACACCACAGCAUGCUGUUGCAGUUCAAUUUAAUCAGGGAAUUGGUCAAGCUGAAGCAACAGUACUGCCUAUUCCCAUUCAAAAGGAACCUGUCUCUAGGCCUACCGCUCCUGCUCCUCAUACACUUCCCACUUCCUUUCUUAGGCCCAGGUCUAAACCAAAAAACCUUACCAUGUAUGUGCCACUCUGCCAAGCAGCACUAGGAGGUGAUUGGGAAAAGGCUAGAAAAUUUCUCAGCCUGCACCCUGAUGCAACAUCUGCUAGGAUUACAAAAGGGUGGGAGACUGUUCUUCACAUUGCAGCCGGGGCUAACAAGGUUCAGUUUGUUGAAGAACUGGUUAAACUUAUGAGUCCACUGGAACUGGCACUGCAGAACAAAUAUGAUAAUACUGCACUUUGCUUUGCUGCUGCAUCUGGACUCAUGAGGAUCGCAAAAGUUAUGGUAAUGAAAAAUCGAUUCUUGCCAAUGGUGAGGGGCAGCAAGGGAGUCACACCACUGCACAUGGCUGCUCUACUAGGACACAGAGAGAUGGUGUGGUAUCUUUAUUCUGUGACAGAUCACCAGUAUCUAAGCAAAGAGGAUUAUAUUAGCCUACUGAUUGCAACUAUAAACUCCAAUAUAUUUGAUGUUGCUUUACAUAUACUUCAGCACAUGCCUGAAUUAGGCAUUGAACGAGAUCAAAAUGAAGAAACAAUACUCCAUGUUUUAGCACGAAAGCCCUUGGCAUUUUCUGACAAAAUUGGACUUCGAAUCUGGCAAAGAUUAAUUUACUCAUACGUCUCUGUUCAUUUGCAGAAUAAAUCAAGCAACAUGUCCAGCGGAUCAAGGGAAAAAAGUAAUAUCAAGGCUUACCUGUUCAUCACAAGGGUAGUUCGGCAUCUACUAAAAACAUUAGGAGUCACAAAAGUUCUCGAGACAAAAUUAAUGCAUUUACAAGCCCUUGAAUUGGUAAAACAUUCAUGGAAAGAAGUUCUAUUGCUGAAUGAUCCACAAAUUGGGAGCUUACUUAGAAGUCCUUCCCGGCCAUUGUUUGUAGCAGCAGAGUUGGGAAAUUUUGAGUUCAUCGUAGAGCUUAUUCAGUCUUAUCCAGAUCUCAUUUGGAAGGUUGAUGAGGAAAGUCGGACCAUCUUUCACAUUGCAGUGAUUCACCGCCAAGAAAAGAUCUACAAACUUAUCUACAACAUAGGAGCGCACAAAGAUAUAAUUACGUCCUACAAAAGCAGAAAUAGUGAGAACAUUUUACACAUGGCUGCAAAGUUGGCUCCUCCAAAUCGACUUGGUAUUGUUUCAGGUGCAGCACUCCAGAUGCAACGGGAGUUAUUGUGGUUUAAGGAAGUUGAGACAAUUGUUCAAGCAUCAUAUAAGGAGAUGAGAGACUCAAAGGGUCGAACACCCGGAAUGCUGUUCGCAGAGGAACACAAGGAAUUGGUCAAAGAAGGAGAGAAGUGGAUGAAGGAAACUGCAUCAUCUUGCAUGCUCGUCGCUGCACUAAUCACAACAGUAAUGUUUGCAGCAAUCUUUACUGUGCCAGGAGGGAACAACAAUGAUACAGGCACCCCUAUUUUUCUUAAAAAGAAAACAUUCAUUCUUUUCUCUAUAACGGAUGCACUGGCAUUGUUUUCUUCAGUAAUCUCUAUAUUGAUGUUCUUGUCCAUCCUCACUUCACGCUAUGCCGAAGAAGACUUCCUGAGUACUUUACCAAAAAGGUUGAUCAUUGGAUUCAUCACGCUCUUUGUUGCUAUAGCAGCAAUGCUAGUAGCAUUUAGUUCAAGUUUUUUCAUCGUACUUUGGCAUCAAAUGGCCUGGAUUGUCAUCCCAGUGGCAGUACUUGCUAGUAUUCCUAUAACUUUAUUUGCAUUUUUGCAAUUUCCUCUCUUGGCUGAUAUGAUCAGAUCUGCCUAUGGUUCAGGAAUAUUCACUUUUACAAGUAAGGAUAAGAUUUAUUGAUUUUUUACGAGUCAUGGGUGGAAAAGCUCCAAAACUAUAGAUUUUCUUCUUAAUGCAAGCAUCCUUGAAAUUUGAAAGUUACCAGGUA